GGGUGGCGGCGAAUGUGUUACGAAGAGAGUUACGAAGUGAGUUGGAGUGAGAAGUGGCCGUCUAGACUAGUCUGUGAGUGGCGGACACAAUGAGUAACGAAAGCGGGACGGGUGGUACAGGCGGUCCUACUAGCUCCGGAGGUUCCGGUGGAUCGGGACGGGGGCGGGGCAGCCAUAGACCACCUAGUCGUAGCGAGAACAGGAUGGUUGGGCGUACUUGCUACGAGUGUGGUGAGCCGGAUCACUUCGCCAGUGUCUGCAAAGAGUACUGGGAGGCCAAGGAUCGGGGGGUUCCGUUUGUACCUCCUCCACCACCAGUGUACGUAAGAACGGGUCGGACCGUGUUUGGCAGUGGAAGCGAACGCCGGAGUCACUCGGCGGACAACUAUGCGAUGAGAAGAGAAGACGAGGAGACGAAUGCGAUGAUGAGGAGUUAUUUUCGGAAGAAGGCUCUGAUGUGGAAACAGGAGAAGGAGAAUUUGGCAAAGGAAGAAGAGAAGCGAAAACAAGAAGCGUUGCGACUCAAGGCAGAGAAGAAGAAACAGGAAGAAAUUGCAGAGCGGAAGCGAGCUGAAGACGAACGAGAUGCAAGGCUACUACGUAUCAUCCGUUCGGAAAUCCGAGUUGAAAGUGACAUUGAGAAUGAACGCGCUCCACGACGAAUCAGGAAGUUGGUGAGACGAAACGAGAGGGGUGAGACGUUGGAAGAAGAGAAGGAAAGGUUAAGACAAACGAUCGCCCUUCAUCAAGAGGAAGAAGCUGUUGAGGACGAAGAACUCAUUCUGCUACGAAGACGAGCAGCAGGAUUGGUAAUUAGCGACAAGAGGAAGCGGGAGAAGGAGGUAGUGAUUGGUGAUAGUCCACCAAUGAUCACGCCUACCAAAGGACAGCGGACAGGACUGGGAACGAUGGCGAAGUUACGGAUUGAGGAAAUACGUGAAACGGGGAAGGUGGCAACAUCAUCCUCCCCGAUACCCGAGCCGGUGGGGAAGAUUGCCUUGUCCCUCAAACAUAUCUCGGCUGGGACUGGCCCGGGUGCAAGGGAGAAGUACGAAGCUGACUGUCGGGAACUCUACGAAGCUCUGACAGUGGAAGAAUUGAAAGAGGCAUGCAAGACAGAACGAAUUAACUAUGGUAAGCGCGAAGCUGCGAUCAAGCGUCUGGUCCUACGCAGGGUUGUCAAAGCAUAUGACCCGAUUAACGUACCACUACCGGCAACCCCGGUGGUCAGGAGAAUGACGAGAGCAUCGAAGGCCAGCGAAGCAGAAGAGGAUGACAAAGAGUCAGAGUGAGAUGGGGGACCUCGUGAUCUAUGAAGUCAGAUUGAAGAAGUGGCCGAGCUGCGACUGUUACAUGGAG